AUUCCCCGAAAUUAAACAAAACAAAAGGUACAAAUAAGUGCGAACCCCUGAAGUAAAUCCAUCAAUACCGGGUCCCUCUUUGGUCAAAUCUGCGAAAAGAAGAAGAUAACAUUCGUCAUUCGAUGCCCCGUCUGGAAUCGUAAAAAAUCACAAAUAAAAUGGAGGAAGCUCUGGAUAUCAUGGCCAAUGUGCCUUUGAUAGACGGUCAUAACGACUUUCCGCAUCUCGUCCGCGCAUAUUAUGAUAGCCGCCUCGACGAUCGAUUCGAGCCUGGCAAGGAGCUAGCUGGCCAUGUAGACAUAAAGAGAUUGGUAGAAGGUAGAGGUGGUGGUGUGUUCUGGAGUGCCUAUAUCGACUGUCCCAAGUUAGACGAUUUCACCGAUGCCGCGCAUUUCGAGCCACUCCGAGAUACCCUGCAGCAGAUCGAUCUCAUCCACCGGCUGAUUGACUUGUAUUCAAAUAAGCUGGCUUUAGCAUCUCGUGCCGACGAUCUCCUGCGGAUCUUCAAGGAGGGCAAGGUUGCCAGUAUGAUCGGAGUGGAAGGAUUGCACCAAAUAGGAAAUAGCGCGAGUGUGUUGCGAAUGUAUCAUAAGCUCGGAGUGCGGUAUGUGACUCUAGCGCAUAACAAGAACAACAUGUAUGCAGAUAGCGCAGUUGCGAAGCGACCAGCACAUAGUGGGCUUUCAGAGGAGGGGAAAGCUAUGGUCAAGGAAAUGAACAGGAUUGGAAUGAUGAUCGAUCUGUCUCAUGUCAGCGACGCAACUAUGAUGGCCGCUUUGGACCAUUCAAGAGCGCCCGUAGCCUUCACACACUCGUCUUGCUACUCGCUUGUCAACCAUGCCCGUAACGUUCCGGACAAUGUCCUUGAUCGACUGAAAGAGAACAACGGCAUCAUCAUGAUAAGCUUGAUUCCACCUUUUACUCACAAAGAUGGGGCCGCCGCAAAUGUAGAUCAUGUUGUAGACCAUAUCGUACACGUUGCAGAAAGAAUUGGGUUUGAUCAUAUUGGCCUAGGAUCUGAUUUUGACGGAAUGACAAAAGCGGUGAAUGGUGUUGAAGAUGUAUCAAAGUGGCCCAAUCUCGUGGCCAAGAUGCUCUCGCGGGGUAUCGCAAGAGAGAAUGUUGAGAAGGUCUUGGGUCUCAACGUGGUCAGAGUCUUAAACGACAUUGAGAGUGUUUCGAGAAGCUCAAAAGACUGGCCGGUGCUAGAAGACAAAGUUGAGCAGCUUUGGGACGAGGACUUCCGUGCAUUCGUGAGAAAAGCAUAUCCGAAUGCCGAACGAGAUCAAAGAUAGCAUCGCGAAAACUGCAAUUGGAAGGUAUCAACAUAAGAGAGAAUAUGAGACCGCUUUUCCUCAUCGUCUAUCGCCUCGUCCCCAUAUUUUGCUAUGCACGUAGUCGUGAUGCAGCCACAUAGUCCACAUGAGGCAGUCAAAUCCUUUGAGGAACCAACCAGGAACAUGUCCAUCAUCCGA